AUGAAUGUUCUCAUGUUAAUGUUAUUAUUGUGGUACAAUUACAGUAUUAUUUACAGUCACAUUACUGUCAAGGGUCUCGGGAAUAAACGCAGUCUCAUUCACGGUAGAAAACAGAAAAACAUCUCCAAAUGUGUUUUAAAUGAGACGCUAACUAAUGACUACGAGAUUCUGUCGUCGGCGGUGUCUGAAUCUAAAUACAUUUUCACAGCGCGCGUCCUGAGCGUCAGGAAGAUUAAACGGGGUAGCAAGCCCCAUGUGAGAGUAAACAUAUCCUACAAACUGUAUAUCAGACUGAUAAUGAAAGGAGAUGUUCACGAGCUGAAAAGUCACGUUUUUGUUGGAGACGAACGAACGUUGAAUGGUGCGAUUGUGUUCGUUGACUGGCUUCGGACGAACAAGUGCGCGUAUAAGUUGUAUAGGCAUUCUUCAGGAAUAUUUUUGAGCGAUGGAUUUUACGAGAGCUACGGUCGUCGGACCCCGCGACUGCGGCUCUUGUACGAGCCUCUUCCACUGUCUUUAUACGAUUUGGACAGAGUAAAUGCCGCAUUGAAAGGUAAAUAUUACUUUGUGUUAAGUGUCAUGCCGCUUUGUGUAGCUUUAGAAGGUGUAUUCAAGUUAUAA